AUGCACCAGUUAGGGAGGCUCCCACACAGCACCUUAGCAACCCUUGCAGAAGAAUAUGGACCCCUGAUGUACCUAAAGAUAGGGCAGAUAGAGAACAUAAUAGUUAGUUCACCUGAGCUAGCCCAACAAGUCUUGAAGGCACAUGACCUGGUCUUUGCUAGUAGGCCAGCCCUCUCAGCAGCUAAUCGCCUUGCCUGUAAAUGCAAAGACAUAGCAAUGGCCCUGUACAGCGCGUACUGGCGUUCAAUUCGCAAGAUUUGCAUCAUGGAGUUGCUUAGUGCAAAACGAGUGCAAUCGUUUCGCUUUGUUAGAGAGGAGGAGACCACUCAUCUAGAGGAGUCCAUUGCUGAGGCUUCCUAUACUCAUAUCAAUCUCACAGAGAGAAUUUUCUUACUUGUUCGUAGCAUGGUGGAGAGAGUGGCCUUGGGCUAG